AUUCAGGCACCGUGACGCCUCCAACAUCUCUACCAAUACAUUCACACUUCAACAACCAACAUCCGACGACGGCAACUCUCUUCAAACCUCCCGCCAAUCUCGCACAUCCGUUUCGUCCUCCAUAUUUGUCUAUCCGGCUCUGUCGGCCGCGGAAAGAGAGAGGGAGAGAGCAAAGGAAGAUAAACCUCGCCAUCCAAGAUGGGAGCCCUCCUGUCGCUUCCCCUGCUGGCAGUGCCCAGCGCUGGCACGCUGAUGUCCUUCGCCGCUAGCUGCUGCGGCGCCGCGACAUGCUCCAUGGUCUGUAGCGCGUGCGGGAAAUGCGGUAACAGUGUCGCAACCCGUAUCGCAUAUGCCCUCCUCCUCCUCGUCAACUCGAUACUCUCUUGGAUUAUGCUCACCCCCUGGGCUAUCGAGAAGCUACAGCAUCUGAUGCUCGACUACGUCAAGAUCAACUGCCCGAACGGGCAGUGCUACGGAUGGUUGGCUGUCCAUCGAAUCAACUUCGCCCUGGGCCUGUUCCACCUCAUCUUCGUCGGUCUCCUUUUCGGUGUCGCCUCCUCUAAGAAUCCGCGGGCCUCCCUCCAGAACGGCUUCUGGGGACCCAAGAUCAUCGCCUGGCUCGCCUUCAUCGUCUUGUCCUUCCUCAUACCUGAUCCCUUCUUCCAGGCCUGGGGCAACUACGCCGCCUUCGUCGGCGCCAUGCUCUUCCUCAUACUCGGCCUCAUCCUCCUCGUCGACCUCGCGCACACCUGGGCUGAAUACUGCCUCGAGAGGAUUGAAAACAGCGAAUCGAGAGUCUGGCGGGUUGUCUUAAUCGGCUCGACCCUCGGCAUGUAUUUCGCUUCGCUCGCCAUGACCAUCGUGCAGUACAUCUUCUUCGCGCGGAGCGGCUGCUCGAUGAAUCAGGCAGCCAUCACGAUCAACCUGCUCCUCUGGAUUAUUAUCUCGUUCGUCUCGGUGCAUCCGGCUGUCCAGGAGCACAACCCCAAGGCCGGCCUCGCGCAAGCCGCCAUGGUUGCCGUCUACUGCACCUACCUGACCAUGUCCGCCGUCUCCAUGGAACCCGACGACAGGCUGUGCAAUCCUCUUAUCCGCGCCCAGGGCACGCGGACGACGUCCGUCGUCAUUGGCGCCAUCGUCACGAUGCUGACGGUCGCGUACACGACGACGCGAGCCGCGACGCAGAGCCUCGGCCUCGGCAACAGCCGCGGCGGCAUCCGGCUCUCCGACGACGAACACGACCUCGUGACGCAGCAGCCGAGCGGCCGGCGCGAGAUGCGGGCCGAGGCGCUGCGGCGGGCGGUCGAGGAGGGCAGCCUGCCGGCGGACGCGCUGUCUGACGACGACGACGAGAGCGACGGCACCAAGGGGCCCGGGGACGACGAGCGCAGCAGCACCCAGUACAACUACGCCGUGUUCCACAUCAUCUUCUUCCUCGCGACGUGCUGGGUGAGCACGCUGCUGACGGGCACGGUCGAGGGUCUAGACGACUUGCCGGAGCACGGUGGCAGCGACUUCGCCACCGUCGGGCGCACGUACUGGGCCAGCUGGGUCAAGAUCGUGAGCGCGUGGAUCUGCUACGGCAUGUACGCCUGGACGCUCGUCGCCCCGAUCGUGCUGCCGGACCGGUUCGACUUCUCGUAGCGCGCGCAGAAAGGAGAGGUAGUUUGAAAUACUUACUAGCAGGAGUAGUUGGUCGUCGUAUUUUUUAGGGGGGAGUCUGUGGGAUGAUUCGUCACCUUUUUUUGAGGGGGAGGGGGGCCGCGAAGCGGACGGUUUCCGAGCCCAUCAUAGUAGUAGUACAUGCGUUACGUCCAAAGUAAACUAACCACCUAUCAUUAUCGAUGGCGGCGCAAUUUGCGUCGGGGUGAAUGGACGGUCGGCAGGUCGGCCGGGCGAAGGGGAUUGUAGGGGGAGAGAGACUCGGGGCGCGCCGACGACAAAAGUACGUCGAGCGGGGUGU